UGUGAACGUGCGAGAUUUGAAGGUUGUUUCGUAGCUGGCGGUUCGCGCCGAGUGACGACAAGUUGUACUCCUCGUCCACAGAAGCUGCGGGUGACCAAUUCGUUGAGCGCGAGAGGCGCGUGUGUGAGAUCGUGAGCUAGUGGACUCUCCAACGGUCGUUGCUUGCCAGUACAUAGGUAGCUGAUGGGCGAGGACGGAGCAGAAACAGAGCCAGGUGAUCCGCAACUGACCCUGUUCCUCGCCCGACAAAAAAACCCCGUUCUCUUCGCCAGUGAAGGCCGUUUGAAGGUGUAUGGAGCCCAAAACGGUUUGGAAAAGUGUGAAUCAUUUCUACUAUGGCAUUGAUGCUAACAGCAGAUCAGCAGAUGUAUUUGGUGAUGCUUUGGUCAAUUGCAAUUCAUUCUUCAAUCCUUAUAAAGCACAGGUCACAGGAUGAAAUGAAUGAAUUUGGGAGUGCUGCAGACUUGUAUAGACUUGUUUCCAACAUUCUGGAAGAACCUGAUGAGUCACAGUCGUUAUUUGUUGAAGGAAAUGCAUCUUCUAACUUGUUAAGAUCAGUAUGGUCUUCAACAACUAGCAGAUUUACAGAACAUCUUGAUCACUCGUCUGAGCCUGACAAGCCUGUAGAUGCAUCAUAUUCACAACCUGUUUUUAAUGUAAACGAAUUCAUAGAAACUUCUGACAAACAGCAGUACCAGCAGGAUAAUCAUUUAGUCUCUCAGCAAAAUAUAAACAUGGAAGAUGUUUUACGAUUUGAUGGCUUUUCUCUCACAGAGCCAUGGCUGUUGCCUUCAAAAGAAGACACUUCAGUCACUGAUACCACCAAGCUGAACUUUCAAGAGUUCCCUGAUGUGAAGAAUUGUGCUAAACUUCAAGUAGGAUUAUCAGUUAGAGAACCAGGAACAGAGAACCACAUGUAUGGCAGAGAUGGUGGAGACUUUAAAGAAAUUGAUCAUGCUUCCAAUCCAACAUCUACAGAGCUGCUUCCUUUCCUUCAGAAUUCGAGAAACAAUUACAUCAAUAGCAGCAAUGGGUACAUGGAACAAUUACAUGACAAUAGGUUUCAAAACAAAUUUGUGAACUUUAAUAUGACAGAUGGAAAAUCUGCUUCUAAUUGUACACCAGAAGUAUCAGUAAUAGAAAUGUAUACGUGUGCUGGAGUCACCAAAGGAAAUCAAUCACAAAAAGGGUUUGAUGAAUUAAACUUUGAUCAACAUACCUUAAAAUAUUGUACAAAAUCUGCAUCAAAUUUGAGCGAUGAACAACUUUCAAAGGAAGUGGGAUUAGGUAGUGAUUUGGGACAAAAGUGCAUUUCAGAAUCUGGAAAAAAUCCUCUCAUAUUUUGUCCAAUUAGAAGCGACUUUGAGAAGACCUUUGAAGAGCAACAAUAUUCUAACUAUGAUUAUUUUUCACAGCAGUCUGAAUAUGUUCAGCCGUUAAAUGCAUUACCAGUGUGUGUAUAUUCUGGAGAGUCUUACCAAGAAGGGCAAUCCUGGACAAACUUGGCUACUUCUAGUUCGGAAACUAAUACUUCUGCUUCAUUUGGGAACCCAGAUAGUUCAGUAGACCUUGAGAAUCAGACAUCUGUCUCUAAAACAUCUACUCACCCCUACUACCUAGCUUCUCAUCAGUUUCCCAUGCCUUUUCCUCAAAAUAAUGCUUAUUUCCAGAGGUCUACAGGAAUUUAUUAUCAGGAUAACUACACCAAGGUGCCCAGUACUCAAUUCACCUAUAAUAUAGAAAGGGCUGAGCCAGGUGCACAUAUUGAAGGACAGAACAAAGCUAGUGGAGAAAUGUAUUUUGAAUCACCCAUUGAGAAAAUUUGUCAAAAUGGAAAGCAAGCAAAUGAAAAUUCAUCUCAGCAAUAUGUUGCAAAUAAAUAUCCCAGCUAUCAAACUAAACAGCAAAGUUGCCAUGAUUUGAAUGAGGACAUGAAAAAAAACGAUGAAUUUUCACAAAAUAUGUACAGUGAUUUUCUAAGUGCUCAGUCUUAUUAUAGUAAUCACAACUCUCAACAAGGAGCUCAAGACACCAACAAUGUAGCAAGUUAUAUAACUCAUUCUUCAGCUGGUUUUUCAAGUCCCUUUAUGAUGUGUGACUAUAGGCAGAACCAUAUUUCCCAAUUUGGUCUACUUGGUGUUGCUUCAGGAAGUAAUCUUCAGCUUGGUCACCCUGUAGUCUCAUUCAUGGAUCGCACUGACUUAAUUCCUUAUGGAGAGUUUAGUUAUCCCUAUCCUUAUCACACUAAUAUGUUUUAUGGAAAUGUUCCUCCUUAUGGAUUUGUACCAGCUUGUGAAUUUCCAAGACCUAUGAAAAAUCGUAGCAGUUCAGCCAGUGAACUUCAUAUUCGAUUAGAAGAGUGCUAUGAUCAAUGGAGGGCUUUGGAAAAAGAACGAAGAAAGACUGAAGCAGCACUUGCCCAGAACCACCCAGGAAAGAGAGUGACCAGUUCAAAUAACACACCUCUUCCCAGGCGUCCUUCAAACCUUUCCGGGGUUGACCGUUUGAUGGUUGAUCAACUACGUGAACAAGCAAGAGUUGUGACAUUGCUCAGCAAAAUGGAACGCCUCCGCAGUUCUCCUUUUCAUGCUAAUAUUUCUACAGCUAUUGACAGAUAUCUAAAAGCAAUUCAUUUCGCCCAAGCUCGUAGGAAGAAUGAAAUAGUAAACAUGGCUAAUCAACAAAGGCAGGGAGCAUCAAGAUUUCAGGAUGACCAAGACAUUCUUUCUUUGGCCAUUGCAAUCAAAGAAAUGACUGUAGCUACACGGAAAGCAAGGACUGCUUUGUGGUGUGCCCUCCAGAUGACUUUACCAAAACCACGAAAUGCCAAUCCAGAUGACCAAAGUGAAGUAGAAGAAGAGCUUCAGGACGUAGUAACUAAUAGAAACAAAAACUAACAAAAUUGAAGCAGCUACUAUAGUGGGGAAAAGAAUGAAGUGGCAAAAACUCGUAUUGAUUAAGGAAGUGCUGGAAAAUAAUAGACUAUAAAGCCAAUAUAUAUUCUCUUCAUUAUAACCUUUAAAAUAACUAAACUAUGAAUUUGUUAGAUAAUACUAGUUAUAGACACUGCAGCACAUGGUCAUGUUUGGUUAGUAAAUACAUAUUUAUUGAGACAUGUAAUAUGAAACAUCACAACCAUAAUUUAACAAGAUCAUAUUUUGGCGAAUUGUUCUUGUCAAAUCUUUUCAAUCAAAGUGACUAAAUCUCCUUAGGAAAUUUUAAUCUAAUGUAUGUUUUAGUUUUUUCAAGACGGUUAUUUAUUACACAUAAAACUUGUAAACAAAGUCAUGGCUUUGACAUGGCCUUUAUUUAGUGGAGGUGAGCAACAAGUUCAUCAAGGUGCAGUCUUUUUCACUAAUAAUCAGUAAGUGAAAAAUAUAUUAAUGUCACAACAGUAAGUGCAGAUUAAUGAAACCAAGGUGUAUAAUGUAAUCAUCCUGUUAAGUAAUUGUUUAUCAUAGAUUAGGUCUAGUGGUCCUAUUUUUAUUCAUAUUACCCUAAUCUGGUUGGACACUCUGCUUAGAUAACUGAAGUUACAGGAAAUGUCAAAGGUCACAGACUUUCAUCUUAUACAGGCCUAGAAAUGUUAAUCUAAUAAUAUUAGGAAUAAUUCAUUUGAAAAUACCAUUACUAUUAGUAGUAGUUUGACGGUUGUGCAAAGAUAAUAGCAACCCAGGAGUAACUGAAAGGCAAUAAUUUCAUUUUGAAAUUUGGAUGAUACAAGAUUGCAGGUAGGAUUUCUGGAAUAUCCUAAUGUGAAAUUAUAGCCUCGAAUUUGCACUAUAAUAACAUACUUUGAAUUUAGAUUUUUUUGCCAACGUUAAAUAUUAUGCAGAUGCAUGAUAUCUAUACAGAAUAAUUAACAAUUUGUGACAUUAGGUACACACUGGCAAAUACAAGGCAGUCAUAUUUUAAAGUUUUUUUGACAUUCUUUCCAUACUUAAUCUCUUUGUGUGCUGAAGCUUCUUGCUUUUUAUUACAGUAUAGUUCCACAGCUAAUAGCACUAAUAUUAUCUCAUCAAAGUAGCAUCUUAUGCAAAUAUAGAUAUAGAAUUGUAGUACAUUAGUUUAUCGUGUGAGUCAUCAACAUCAAAGCUUGAUAUUGUUCUUAACCAAUGUUCACGUACACAUCAGCAAUCAGGAACAGUAAGCUUUCUCUAGCCCUAGGAAUAGAAAGGUGCCUCAAGUGUGUGUAUGGCUGAGAUCAGUUAAUUUAGCACAGACUGGGGUGGAAUCUAGAAUUUCUAGUUUGGCCAAUGAUGGCUGGUGGUUUUAGCUUUAUCAAUUAGGGGAGCUGUGAAUGGUUAAUAUUGUCCAUGUAUCACUGUUUGUUGAUGCAUGUUUUAUUUAUAUGUUUAAAAAUCAUUUCAAAUAGUUUCAAUUAUUUGUCUUGAUGUUAGGCAGGUUUACUCAUGUCUGUGUAGAACCCUUAUAAUGGCAAUAUAUGAUACAGUUGAUAUCCCACAAUUAAUUGUGCUCAUAUAUGCUAUAAUAGAAUAACAAUGUGUACUCAAGUAACUAUAUAUAAUUAGAUACAUUAACCAAUUGUAUUUAACUAAUGCUAAUCUUAGAAAGCAGAUGACUCUCAGCAACAUAGAAUGUUUUCAGAGAAAAGUGAAAAAGGAUCACAAAAUAUGACCUUAUGAGGUGAUGCAAAAUCUUGUAAAAUGAAGCUUGCAAAGUAGUUGAAGCUUGUAGUUAUGGUCUGUACCUUUCUAAACUCAAAAAAUUCUUUGUUAUAAGAAAUACUGUAUCAUUAACAAAACUGUGAGCAAGUACUAUUUAAUAUGUAAAUCUUACUUUAUUAUUAAAGUUAUGUGCAGUGAAUGUUUGCACCUCUGUAGUAGAACUACAGAAAUAAUGUGUUUUUUGACAAUCUAUAUGUGUUGAUCUGGUAAGUUUCUUUUGUAUUUGAAUGUGUUGACAUUUACUAAGUUUGAAGUGUAUGUUCAUUUUAAUUAUUACCAAUAUGUCUCACAUUUAGUAUUUGUUACAGGUUUUUUUUAAAUGUAGUUAUGAAGCAACUUGUUUAUAAUGUAUACGUUGUGUAAAAGUUGAUGACUUAUUUUCCAUGUAGACAUCUGUUGUACUACUCAAAGUUUUUAAAAAAGGUAAAGUGAGCUGUUCUGCAUUUCUGAUUUAAAAAAUCUAGAGGAUAUAACUAAUAACUGUGUCCACACAAAUUAGUUUUAUAUUAUGUCAGUAAAUGUUUAGUAACCAUUGCAGGACAUUUGAUACUUGUAACUGAAGUGAAUUGAUUCCAACUUGACAGAAUUGUACUUGAUUUAAGUACAUAAACAAGCUAAAUUGUCAUUCAUUUCUAAUUUAUUAAUUGAAAGUGUUUGUAAGUAUCUUAAAAUCAUUAGAAAAAUACUUUAAAUAAUUUUGAGACAUUAAACCUUAGAUUACUUUUGAGAAGUUAGCAACUCACACACAAAUUUGACAUGCUUUCAAAUUUCUACUGUCUUUCCUGACAUAAUUGUCACUUAGAAAUACUAUAUUUUGACAUGAUUUACAGGGACUUUAAUAAAUUUCUUCCAAUAUAUAAAAUAUCUUACAUUUUUAAAAUAUUUCUCUUGAAAUCAGUUUCAACCAUAUUGUUUCGUAGUGUAUCUUGAUGUUAUCUGGAAGAUAUUUUAAUGCGUUCUUCAAUUAUAUGUCAAAGUAAAUGUGAUGUAUCAGCUAUCUUUUACAUGGUUUUGUGUUGUACAAUUAACUUCAGGAACUAAAAUCUUUUAACCUUUGAGUUUAUGAAUUAAAUGGAUUAAUGAAUGAAACGUAUCUUUGUCAUUUAUGUGAUAAAUUGAUCAUGAAUACAG